GGGUUGCUCUGGGUACUUUAUUCUGUGCCUCACAACUCGGUGUGGCCAGUCCGUCCCUAGAACUGCUGCUAGUGUAGGCCCGUGGCGUGUUACAACAGGUAGUGACUAUUGGAAGUAAAACAUGAUCCCUGUGCAUUCCGCUAGAGAUGGAUUAAAGCUUGAAACUGAAAUUUUGGAUGGAAAACCUAGGCUAAUUUUGGCUUCAUAUGUGGGUAAAUCAAAAUCCACAGUUAAGCAGAUGGGUAAUAAAACUAAAAUCCUCAAACAUCCAUUGAGAACAACACAGUCUGGACAUGUUCUGAAAUCAACACAAAAUUCCUGUGUCAAGCAUGAACAUAUUUUAGCAAAAGACAGAAGUGGCUCAAGAUGGUCAGCAAUAAAAGGUGAAAAAACCUGUGUGACUUUGUCAUCAUCUAAAGAUUCAUCAAAGGAAUCCUUAAAUAAAAACCAUGCUUUGAUUAUCCAAAAAGACAACACAGCUGGAAUGCCGGAUUUACAGAACCCUAAUAAAAUUGCUGUUAAAAAGCCCAAACAGAAGUCUCAAAAACCUCAUAUCUCAGGUGAAGAUCUAAGGAACAGUUUGGUGUGUUUAACACAAGAGCAACUUGAACAGAUUCUGAUAACUGUAAAACAAGGAACCAAAAUUGAGUCCCAGGCCCAGGAGGAAAAGCAAGAAGAAACAAGCCAAAACAAACACUCAAAUAUUAGCACUGCUGCUAAUCAGGCCCCACAAGAGGAGAACAUAAUGGGAUUACUCCAAAAAGCUGAUGAAGUUUCAUCUGUCCCAAAUGAAAAUAAUUAUGCCUCAAGCAGAAAACAAGCAGCAUCUGAGCAGGCUGAACAGAAAGUUAUUAAGAAUUCAUGGAAACCAGCUGAUAUAUUUAGUACCCUAGGUGAAAGAGAAGGGGAUAAAAUGUUGUUAGAAGCAAAGAAGUCCCAGUGGAAGAAGGAACUAGACGAACAGAUAGCUUUAAAGAAGAAAUUAAAAGAAACUUCGGAGCGACAGACAAAAUACUACCGUUGGGAGCAAACGGAUGGUGAUGGUGAUAAAAACCAUUUGGAAAAACUGGAGACAGUUAAUCAAGCUAAAAUGACAUUUCCAGCUGAUUUGGGCAUUGCUAGUGAGGAAAACCACAUUUUUAGAACCACUUUGGUCACAGAGACUAGUGAAGUUGCACCCAGUGUUUCAAGUGGACCAACUGGACAGUCAUCUAGUUUCAGUUCUCCUGACUUGCCAGCUGCCAUUCGGACAGCAUUUGUUUUAGGGGAAGCGACACCAGUGGAGCACCCCUUUAGUGCCAUGAAACAAGAACAACAGAAGAAGUGGCUUCUAGAUCUGGACAAACAGAAGGAAGAGGCUAAACUACGAAAAAUAGAGGAAAAACAUAAUUAUUCAAAGGCUGAGGAGCAUGAGAGAUGGGCAGUGCAUUUUGAUUCUUUAAAAAACUACCCUCGUGCUAAUCCACAACACCUCAUAAAUGGAACAUACACCAAGCAGCCUGAAAAUCUUUGCCUGUCCCCUGAAACUCAGGCCCUGACUGCUGUUAUUCAUCCUUUUACACCUGCAGCUUUAAGCCACCUCAGACAUUCAAAGGUGGAGAAUGUAGAAAAAAACGUUGAGAACACUACUUCGGAACAAAGUCAAAAAGCCAGUUUUCUCCGGUCAAUGACAGCUCUCUUGGAUCCUGCACAAAUUGAGGAAAGAGACAGGAGGCGGCAGAAACAGUUAGAACAUCAGAAAGCUAUAAUGGCUCAAGUAGAGGAAAAGCGAAGGAAGAAGCAGCUGGAGGAAGAGCAAAGAAAAUGGGAAGAACAAGAAGAAGAACACCGCUUAGCACGAGAACGAGAACUGAUGCAAAAACAGUUUGAAGAGGAUAUGCUCAAACAGAAACAAAAGGAAGAAAUCAUGACUCUUAAAACAAAUGAGCUCUAUCAGACAAUGCAGAGAGCACAAGAACAGGCACAGAGAUUAAAACAGGAACAACGUAUUCGACAGUUGGCUCAAAAAGGACAUGACAUUUCAAAACUGCAGAAGAAUCUUGGUGGUGGUGGUGGCGGCAGCGGUGAUAAAAUAUGUGGCCUUUCAAAUGUAAAUCAUGAUCAUUGUUCUGAUGAAGUGAGCAGUAAGAUGCAUCAAGAUGUAAAAACCGUAACCUCUCCUCGGAAAGAUACUGCUGUGCAGACAGAUUACUUUGACACCAGAGCGUACAUCAGAACUGAAACGUGCACUGAGCCAGUUGUAGAAAGAAGAACUGUGGACUGUACAUCUCCAGAUAUUUCCAUAGAAUAUAAAGAGAAAUUUAACAUCAAAAAAUGCAAGAAAGAAAUGCAGUAUCCAGAUAAAAAGAAAAUAUCAGAAAAAGAGAAUAAUGGCAGUUACACUGAUUUAUAUAAUCAAUUUGCAAGAAAGGAGAAACAAACAAAUCCUAUGGAAAAAUAUGGAAAGAGACCUGACUGGAACAUAAACAAACCUGGGAAAAGGUAUAUUCCAGCAUCAGAAAGAUACCCUAGACGGCUACAGAAGCAAAGGGAGGAAAAGAAAGUAAGACGACAGAUAGAGCUGCUUCAAUUGGUAGAAAGAAAUACUCCUGGUAAACUCUGUCAAAAGAAAGAAGUCUCUCCAGAAAGGUCUCCUUCAUCUCACCAGGAAACAAAUACAAAGAGUAAGGGACAUGCAGUAACAAAGGGAGAACAAUCUCAGUGGAGUCAUUUGAAUGAAGAAAGAUCUGAAUCACCACCUGUUCCAGCAGUUAAAAACAGAUUACACCAAGGACAACAAAGGCAGAUAAAUACUUCUAAUUUCCCAAUUCAGAAUGGCAAUAGUGGAAGAGGGAAGAAUAUCAACACAGACAUGCAACAGAGGAAAUCAUCUUCUCCAGUUAUUGAACCUGAACGGCCACCCUCUUCUCAUUUCAUUCCCUAUGUGCGAACAAAUGAAAUUUAUUACCUUGAUCCAGAUGCACCAAUGACUAGACCUUCAACACAUGAUCCACAAUAUCGACAGUUUAAUGAUUCUUGCCAUACACCACGACAGAUUUUUAGCUCUGAUCAUGUGAGAGAUCCACUUCUUAAUCCUAAUGUAGUGAAAAACAGAGACCGACAACAGGCAAUCCUCAAAGGACUAUCAGACUUACGCCAGGGUCUCCUCCAGAAGCAGAAGGAAUUGGAGACUGGUCUAGUUCCAACCAUAAAUCAAGAAGAAAACUUUAUUUCACCAUUUUAAAAAAGGCACAAAGCUUUAUUCAGUGCACAGAAUGGACCUGCUGUAGGGAUCAACCAAAGUUGUGUACUACAGGAGACUUAUCUGCAGGAAUCCAGCUUCCUUUGUUGCAGAAAUUUGAAGGUGUGUACUGAAUGAGGCAAGGCACUACAAGAAGAGAAAGUAUUGUGUUUAAGGGAGUUGACUACUGGCCAGAGAAUUGGAUUCCAUCCCUUCCUCUGUCAGAGUUCCUACCUAAGACUACACAAGUCACUUACAGGAAAGGUUACUCAUCCUGUGCAAUAACUGUAGUUCAAGAUGUGUGUCCCCUCCCCCCAUGGGCUCAAAUGCCCACGUGCCUUCAACUGGCGAUUUCAUUAGCAGUGCUUGUUUAAUCUAUGCAUCUGCCCUACGCCCCACACCUAGACUAUAUAGGGCUGUAUGAGUGAACCACCCCUUAGCUCCUGCUCUGCUGCAAAGUCCCACAAGAAAACUCCAAAGCAGAGAGGGGAGGAGGACAGGUAAUGGAGCACCUAUGGGGGGGGGGGGGCACAUAUACUGAAGAAUUACAGUCACUACACAGGGUAAAAAGUUUCCUUCUCUGAAAAGCGUCCUAAGGGUGCUACAAUUCAGGUAACUGAGCAGUAUCCCUAGGAGGAGAGUGCUUCGGAUAAGAAUCUAGUACAGAAGACAGAAUUACACUGCCACAUCAGUUCUAGAGGCAUGGACCAAGAGGCACAGUGUUUGGAGAAAGCAUGUAUUGAAGACCACAUACCAGUCCUACAGAGUUUAAGUACCAGAACAUCCUUAAGGAAGGCCAUAGAUGUUGAUUGAGACCUAGUGGGAGUAGGCUAGAACCGUAGCAGGAGGCUGGACAUUAGCAACCUCAUAGCACACAAUAAUAGAUCCCCAAAUCCACCUUGACAGUCUCUGGGUGGAAACAGUGGAACCUUUAGAUCUGUUGGCAAUGGAGACAAAUGGUUGAGGAGACUUCUGAAACGGUUUGGUCCUAUUGAGAUAAAAAGCCAGUGCUCUUCUGGACAUCAGAAGUAUGGAGAAAAGCUUCCUGACCAGAGAGUUUGGGAGGAGUGGGGGGUGGAGGGUGUAAAAUGUAUGGUUUGGUUCAGAUGAAACUCCGAUAAUACCUCAGGAAGGAAUCUGAGCUGUACAAGUUCAGAAACUCCUUGAAAAUACUGUAAAGGGAGGAUGCAGUAUGAAGGCCUCAAAUUUCCCCAAUUCUUCAAGCCAAUAUAAUGGCUAUUAAAAAGGCUGUCUUUAUGGAUAGGUAUAAUAAUGAGCAGGUCACUAUAGGUUCAAAAGGAGGUCAUGGGAAACCGAAGAAUUAGAUUAAGAUCUUAGACCGUAGCAGGGUCUUUUACUUGAGGAAAGAGGUUCCCCAGUCCUUCAAUAAGCCUUACAGUUGUGGGGAAGAGACUACUAAGAACCCUCACAUUGGAGAAUGGAAGGUUGAUACUGCAGUCAGAUGAACCUUAACUGAGCUACCUGAUAAAUCUGUUUUCUUCCGUUGUAGCAGGUAAUUCAGGAUAAAUGCAAGUAAGGAAAAUUCAAGUGCAAUUUGCGGAUAUUCACAACAGCUAAAAUCUUUUUCAGUUCUGAAAGUACGAAUCAUGCUUAAAUUCCUUCCUGCUGUUUAACACUUGCUAUACCUCUACCAAAAUAGUGGACAAGUCUGCCAGCGAACCAUUGAAGAACCAGGCCUUGAGCUAGAGAAUCUUUAGGUUGGGAUACAAUUUGCAUCUUAAGAUAAGUAAAGCAUGGAAGAUUACUGAACAAGGAGACAAUUAAAACAGGUAAUGUUUUAUACCAUGCGUGUCUUGGCCACAGUUAUCCUAAUAGUCUAUCAUUUGUCCUGCCUGAUCUUGUUCUUCACCUUUAGAAUCUGAAGUGUUGAGAAAAAUAUGUAAUUACAUGCCCCUUUGUCUAAGGAAGGAGAAAGGCAUCUGCCAAAGGCCACCUCCCCCGAACAGAACAGACAACACUUCCUAUUUGUGGAAGAGGUAAAGAAAGCCACCUCCAGACAGCUCCACGUUCAGAAUAUAGCGUCUAGGAUCAGUGGUCUCGCUCUCUUUCAGAGUCCUCGAAGAGGCCUCUGCUGAGACCAUGGGCCGUGAUGUUUUGUAUUCCAGGAAGUUGCACUGUUGAAAUGUGAAUAUGAUGGGCAAUACCCCAAUUCCAUAAGUUUAUUUCAGUACAGAUAUGCAUCUCGCUCUGCUCCAUGGGUUAAUAGGAAACAUGCAAGCCUCACUGUCCAUCAAGAUUUUGAUGACUUCUCUCAGAGGUAGAAGGUGGAGACAGUCAUUUCUGACUGCCUGUAGUUCCACCAGGUUGAUGUGGAGACGGUCUCCUGAGGUGACCAUGUCCCUUGGACUGUAUGGACACAGAUAUUCACUCCAUCCGAGUAGCAAUGCAUCCCAUAGUAUGGUGGCCAUCAAUACUGGCCGAAGAAAUGUCGGUCCUGACAUUGUGGUGAUUCUGCUACCAGUCUAGGGAAUCUUUCACCUGUUAUGGAACAGAAAUUUGUUUAAAUCAAAACUAGGUCUCAUAAGCAGACUAUCCUGAGACAUGUUGAAAGCUGCAAAGAUAUAACAUUGCAUGAUGAAGGUGCAGGCUGCCAUAUGACCCAGAAGCUGCAAACAGAAUCCUACUGAGGUUUCAGUGUUCACUUGAUUACUCUUAACAUUUGAUAAAGUUAUGAAUCUGGACAUCUGUGCACAGGAAGACAGGUCCUUUAAGUCAGCAAAUCCAAAGAUGUUCCUUAUGUACUGUAUUUUCCACACAGGGGUCAAUGCAGACUUUGACACUGAGCUAAAGGCCUAACUGCAGGAAUAGCAAUAGGGCCCUGUGGGUGGCUGACAGCACUUUCCCAUAAGACUGACCCUUGAACAGCCAGCUUUUGAGGUAUGGGAAUACCACAGCUGCCACUAGACGAAGGUGAGCAACCACCACCACUAGAACCUUUGUGACAACGAUUGGAGUUGGGACUGAAAAGAUUUGCAUGGUACCGAAAGUGCUUCUGGCCUAUCACAAAAUGUAAGUAUGUUCUGUGAGCCAGGUGUACCACAAUUUGGAAAUUUGUGUCUUGUAGGCCAAGGGCUGAAAACCAAUCCCCUGAGCCUAAGAAUUAUCACUGCCAGAGUUACCAGUCUGAAUUUUUGGGACUUCACAAAUUUGUUUAGGAAUCUUAGAUCUAAAAUAUCAGUCUCCAUCCUCCAUUUCUCUUUAGUGGGAGUAAUUAACUCACAUAGAAACCAUUCCUCAUGUAGAGCCAGGACAGACAACUGCUCCUAAGCAAAGGAGGAAUUUUAUUUCCUUUCUUAGUAGGAGCUCAUGAAAGGGGUCCCUGAAGAGGAAUGGGGGAUGUGAAGUGGAUGGCACAGACCAACGUAACCAUCUCCAAAACCCAUUUGUCUGUGGUAAUGCAGUCCCAUGCAUGUUAGAAAUGGGAGAGCUGGCUUCCAAAUGGGGGGAGGCAGGCAGGCAGGCAAACUGUUGUAGCUGGCAGGCUAGAGUGAGGAGGCUUCACACCCUCAGCCAGCCAAUCAAUCAAAACUGGUGCUUUGAUGAUGAAGCUAGUUGUGUACCUGAACCAGGUAAGUUUAUGGUUCUCUUCCUUUGGAACCUGAGCUUCUUUCUUGGUGGUUCAGUGGGUCUUUAGAACCUGAAGAAAUGUAUCUGGUGGGAUCUCUAGGCAGUGUGUGAUCUACUACUAAACUCUCUCUCUUGAUUGCAGGGGUAUAAAUUCCCAGCAACUGCAGACUAGCUCUGGAGUCUCUCUCUGAAAACAAAUUAAGCCCACCUAGGGGAAAGUUUUUCCACCAUACUUUUGGCCUCCUUGGGAAACCAGACAGCUGAAGCCACGAUGCCCUGUGCAUGACUGCUAUCAGAAAGAAUGGGUCAGUGUCUGCAGCAGCCAAGGACACUUGGAGAGAUGCCUGGGCUGAUAAUUGUCCUUCGGCAGUGACAGCUUAAAAUUACUCUUUGUUCCAGAGGGAGGUUCUCAAUAAGUGCUUACACUUUGUGUAGUUCAUGUGAUUGGCCUGGUAAUUAGUGAUCUGAAGUCAGUGUUGCCAAUAAAUAAGACUUUCGCUCAAAAAGA